GUAUCUUUUCUUUUUCAAAGCAUUUAACAGAAUCGCCGCUAUUGGCCAGUAUGUGGCAGUCUUAGAUAGGACUUGUAAAUAUUCCUCCCCUUUACAUGUGAUCUCUCAGACAAUAAAAAACCCUCAACGCCUGCAGUUCGUUGAACGKAUCUAUUCCUCCWSAAGCUUAAACCGCCUCAUCUUUUUUGGACGGAUAUUUAAAGCAGUUUWRACGUUUUCCGCCUAUUUUCURCUGGAUUUCGAAUCGGAAUAUCCCCRUUACGCAAUGAGACGAGAAGUGCUGCUACUCUUCUGCGUUUUCUGCGUGGACGUGGUUUCAGGGCAGGUCAGCUUUUCUAUUCCCGAGGAAAUGGCGAAAGGCUCGUUAGUCUGUAACAUUGCUCAGGAUUUAGGUUUAGAAUUAAAAAGGCUGAAGUCGGGCAAUGCUCAUCUUUAUUCGGGGGACAGUGGAGAAUACAUCGAGCUAAGCAGGGAAAGGGGUGUCCUCCUUAUCAAAGAGAGAAUAGACAGAGAGGCAUUGUGCGGAGACAUGACUCCCUGUGCUCUACAUUUACAGAUGAUCUUGGAAAAUCCGAUGGAGUUAUUUCGAAUAACUGUAGAGAUUACCGACAUUAACGAUAAURUGCCCAGCUUUGCGUCGACUAAGAAACGUUUUGAAAUCAGCGAGUCGGCCUUUGUUGGGUCAAAAUUUGUCUUGGAAAAAGCUUCGGAUGCUGACAUUGGCGUGAACGGUCUUCAAAGCUAUUUGCUUGAACCAACAASCAAUUUUGCUCUUAAACUAGAGAAUCAAGCGGAUGGGAGUAAAAAGGUAGAAAUGAUUUUACAGAAGCCUCUAGAUCGAGAGAAAGARAGAGAAAUAUCUUUGUUACUGACUGCUGUGGACGGCGGGGAGCCGCGAAUGUCAGGUACAAUGCAGAUAACUGUUAAUGUGUUAGAUGYAAAUGACAAUGCACCAGUUUUCAYUAAAUCCGUCUACAAGACGACAUUAGUGGAGAAUUCUCCGCGUGGGACAAGUGUUAUUGCUGUUAGAGCUUCAGACAAAGAUGAAGGGUUAAACGGGCAGGUUUCAUACACGAUUACAAAAAGCAAGCAACGAUUUUCCGAGCUCUUUCAAAUCGAUAGAAAAUCCGGGGAGGUUAUUUUGACAGGAGAAAUAGAUUAUGAAAAGGCGAAGCUCUUACAAAUAGACGUCGAGGCUACAGAUAACGGGGGGCUUUCUGAUUCCAGUAAGAUUGUAAUUGAUGUGAUUGACAUUAAUGACAACAGUCCCCAGUUAAAAAUACUCUCAAAAUCACCAUCUGUUUUAGAAAAUGCGCCUGAGAAUACUGUGAUUGCCAUGCUGAGCGUAAACGAUCCUGAUUCCGAAAGAAAUGGCGAGGUAAAGUGUAAAAUUAGUGAUGAAAUUCCUUUGACAAUAAAGGACGCAAAGAACGGAUUUUAUAGUUUAGAAACAGGCGUAGCUUUAGAUAGAGAAGAAACACCCCAAUUUAAUAUCACUGUGACCUGUUCUGAUGAAGGCGUACCCUCCCUCUCCAGCAGCGUCACUCUCACUUUGCAGAUCUCUGAUGUGAAUGACAACUCACCUAUCUUUGAAAGGAGCUCAUAUGACGCCUACAUUGUAGAAAACAACACGCCAGGUGUCUCUGUAUUCACAGUUAAAGCUACAGACGCUGACUGGAACCAGAAUGCCCGUGUAUCUUACAUUCUGAUGGACUCCUCUGUUAACGGAGUGCCAGUCUCCUCAUAUAUUUCUGUUAGUGCUGAUAGUGGAGUCAUCCAUGCAGUUCGCUCUUUUGACUACGAGCAGAUAAAAGAUUUCCAGUUCUGCGUGAAAGCGCAGGAUGGAGGCUCUCCUCCGCUCAGCAGUAACGUGACUAUAAAAAUCCUGAUCCAGGAUCAGAAUGAUAACCCCCCUCAGGUUCUGUACCCAGUCCAGACUGGUGGUUCCAUGGUGGCUGAAAUGGUGUCUCGUUCAGCAGAUGUGGGCUACCUGGUGACUAAAGUAGUGGCUGUGGAUGUGGACUCUGGACAAAAUGCCUGGCUCUCCUAUAAACUCCAGAAAGCCACAGACAGAGCGCUGUUUGAAGUGGGCUUACAGAAUGGAGAAAUAAGAACUAUCCGUCAGGUGACUGAUAAAGAUGCUGUGAAACAAAGACUGACUGUCAUAGUGGAGGACAACGGGCAGCCCUCUCGUUCAGCUACAGUCAUUGUUAACGUGGCGGUGGCGGACAGCUUUCCUGAAGUGUUGUCGGAGUUCACUGAC